GGACCAUGCCAGGCCGCCGGAACUCCUCCAUGAACUCAGGACUGAUGUUCAUCCUCUUGAAGAAGUUUGAUGGUUCAUUUGAUGUGACAAUUUCGACUAUUUAUUCGCGCUUGGAGGAGUGAUCAUACUACAUUUGCAUACCAUCACCGGCAGUUCCUGCAAAGUUACAUCUCGUAAAGACUAAAUACUCCUUUAUCAUGUUCGCUGCACCAUUAGACGAGGGAUCAUCUAAACCUGUCUUCUGUCUUUCCAAACCAACCUUGGAUGGAGAACAUGGUCUGUCACAGGCGCUUCGUGGUAGCCUGCAUCACCAUGGCGUUGUUGGUUACCAUGGCAAUUUACUUGACAUGCACAGCGGCAGAUGGUGUUGCGACAGUUCUUCUGAACAAGAAUGUCCUUAGUACUACGAAUGGAAUCAGCCCUGAAUUUGAACACCAAAUUGUUCAUCCAGUCGACAUCACGGAUCACCCAAUCAUCGGAAACUCAAAGACCACACCAGAUCCUCUGCAGCCUCGUCUCGUGUUCCUGAAGACGCACAAGACGGCAUCAUCAACUGUUGCUUCGGUCCUGCAGCGGUAUGGUUAUAUCCACGGCCUCUCCUUUCUCAUGCCAAAAUGUGGACAUACCCUGGACACGUACCAUCACUUUGAUGGCUUCAAAGUCAAAGGCCUCUCAUCCAAAUCUGCAAAAACGAACAACAUACAAUUCAACUUUCUAACAAACCACGCCCGCUACAGUCGAACGGACAUGGAUGGAGUUUUCGGCGGAGCGAGGUACGUCACUAUAUUACGUGACCCUGUCAAGCAAUUCGAAUCCAUGUUCUAUUAUUUCGAGAUGUUUCGAUAUCUCCCACCGGGGAAGAAUUCGCUGGGGGCGUUCUUUGAAGACCCGGAGCGAAAAUUCGAACUCAUGAGGAGCAAAAAGAAGCAGUAUACGGAGAAGCGGAUGCAUAAUCAACAACUCUUUGAUCUAGGAGUUGAGCUAGAUGACAUGGAUGAUCCUUCCAUUAUAAAUGAGAUUAUAGAUCGUCUCCAUGGUGAGCUUGACCUGGUAAUGAUCACCGAGUACUUUGACGAGUCCGUGUUGCUUUUAAGUAAAAUGAUGAACUGGAGUUUGGCCGAUGUUAGAUACAUAACGAGAGGUCAGAGGAAAAGAAGUUUUCGCGAACCACUCACUGACGUCACGCGCAAUCAGAUAAGCGCGUGGAAUUCCGCGGAUUUGAAACUAUACGAGCAUUUCAACAGAACGUUCUGGGAAAAGGUGAAGCAGUAUGGCCCAACUUUGAAGAGGAUUUAAACGAGUUUCGACGACUGCAACGCGAUUUAUCUCAGACUUGUCGUGAUGUGGGUAAUGAUGACGUAACUGAUCGUCGAGUCGUGAGGGCGAGGAUCAAGGUAGAAGCACCGGAGUGGUGCUCACUUUUCUUUACGGACGAUGUGCAUUUUACGUCGCUCAUUCGCCAAAGAAUGAAGAAUAAAGGAAUGCCACUCUACGAUUCAUGCGGCUAGACGAAUUAGAACUAAAUCACAAACCGCAUUGGAUAAAUAUGAUUAAUACUGUGAAAGGAAAUUUUUGGACCCUAAAAGUAUGUUACAGAUAAGGAAAUAAUACAUCUUUCCGAUCCUUGCGAAGCAGAUGCUUUUCGAAAAACGAGACCAAGAGAUCUUUUGACCCACUACUAGCACUCUGCUGCAGAAUUUGAACAAGAAAAGUGGAAUUCAUCUUUGUCAUGUUAUAUACGAAGCUCAGACAACGCUUCAGGGACAGAAGACACUGAAAAUAUACUAAAGUCACAGUCAUCUGUCCGAAGAAUGUUAAAAUGAUAUGAAGGAGAUACAGGGUAAAGUCAUGUUCUAGAUUAUUCAUAGAGGAAAUACGGGUCAGGUGAUGUGGAAAUACUUAAGGAUAUCCUAUAGGAAAUAUUAUAUAGAACGGAGACAUCGUUUAGACAAUGUUGCAGAUUUCGAGAUAUU